AUGGAACAGAAAAGCUUUCUGAUAUCGGCGGUGAGUGUUGGGGUGGGGGUGGGAGUGGGAGUGGGGAUUGGAUUGGCUUCAGGACAAAGCGUUGGAAAAUGGGGAGCAAAUAGUCGUUCAUCAAACGCCAUUAAUGCUGAGAAGAUGGAGCAGGAAAUGCUUCGACAAGUUAUUGAUGGAAGAGAAAGCAACAUCACUUUUGAUAAAUUCCCUUAUUACCUCAGUGAGCAGACACGGGUUUUGCUGACAAGUGCUGCUUAUGUCCAUUUGAAGCAUGCUGAGGUUUCUAAAUAUACACGUAAUCUUGCUCCUGCAAGCCAGACUAUUCUGCUUUCAGGGCCAGCAGAACUUUACCAACAGAUGCUUGCCAAGGCUUUGGCUCAUUACUUUGAGGCGAAGUUGCUUUUGUUAGAUUUAACUGACUUUUCAUUGAAGAUUCAGAGUAGAUAUGGUUCUGCCAACAAAGAAUCUUCUUUCAAAAGAUCCACUUCAGAGUCAACUUUGGAGCGGCUAUCUGAACUAUUUGGGUCAUUUUCAAUCUUUCCACAGAGGGAGCAACCUAAAGGCAAAAUGCACAGGCAAAGCAGUGGACUGGACCUCCAAUCAAUGGGGGCUGAAGCAUCUUGUAAUCCUCCAAAGCUCCGUAGGAAUGCUGCUUCCACUUCAAACAUUAGUGGCCUUGCUUUGCAAAGCAAUCCUUCAAAUUCAGCUCCUCUGAAGCGCACAACCAGCUGGUCUUUUGACGAAAAGCUUCUUAUACAGUCUCUUUACAAGGUUCUGGUUUUUGUGUCAAAAACCCAUCCCAUUGUGCUAUAUCUGCGGGAUGUUGAUAAGUUGUUAUAUAGAUCACAAAGGAUAUAUAACUUGUUCCAGAAUAUGUUAAAGAAAUUAUCUGGAGGACCAAUUUUGAUUCUUGGCUCACGAGUCUUAGAUUCUGGAAAUGACUACGAAGAGGUGGAUGAGAGACUUACUUUGCUCUUCCCAUACAACAUAGAAAUCAGGCCUCCAGAAGACGAAUCACAUCUUGUCAGCUGGAAGUCUCAAUUGGAAGAGGAUAUGAAGAAGAUACAAGCUCAGGAUAACAAGAACCAUAUCACGGAAGUGCUUGCAGCCAAUGAUCUUGAUUGUGAUGACCUGGAUUCCAUCUGUGUGGAAGACACAAUGGUUCUCAGUAACUACAUAGAAGAGAUUAUGGUGUCAGCAAUAUCUAAUCAUUUGAUGAAAAACAAAGACCUUGAAUACAGAAAUGGGAAACUCGUUAUUUCUUGUAAUAGUUUAUCCCAUGCAUUGGGUAUAUUCCACAAGGGGAAAUUCAGUGGAAGAGGUACAUCAAAAUUGGAAGACCAAGCCGUAAAAUCUGAGAUGCAAGGAAAGGAAGGAACAGUUAUGAAACCAGAAGCGAAGUCUGAAAAUGCUGCUCCUGUAAAAAAGGUUGAAGCGGAAGUAUCAACUUCAGUGAGAAAGGCAGACGGUGAAAAUUCAGUUCCUACAUCCAAAGCUGCUGAAGUUCCUCCUGAUAAUGAGUUUGAGAAGCGAAUAAGGCCUGAGGUAAUACCAGCAAAUGAGAUUAAUGUUUCAUUCUCUGAUAUUGGUGCCUUAGAUGAGACCAAAGAAUCCCUUCAAGAACUAGUAAUGCUUCCUCUUCGAAGGCCGGACCUUUUCACUGGAGGCCUUCUAAAGCCUUGUAGAGGAAUAUUGCUAUUUGGACCUCCAGGCACUGGGAAGACAAUGCUGGCAAAGGCCAUUGCAAAGGAGGCUGGAGCAAGUUUCAUCAAUGUGUCCAUGUCUACCAUCACUUCUAAAUGGUUUGGUGAAGAUGAGAAGAAUGUUCGUGCUUUAUUCACACUUGCAGCCAAGGUCUCCCCAACUAUUAUAUUUGUGGAUGAGGUUGACAGCAUGCUUGGGCAGCGAACCAGAGUUGGGGAGCAUGAAGCCAUGCGGAAAAUAAAGAAUGAAUUCAUGACCCACUGGGAUGGACUUCUCACCAAACCUGGGGAGCGCAUCCUUGUUCUUGCUGCAACCAAUAGGCCAUUUGACCUCGAUGAAGCCAUUAUUAGGCGAUUUGAAAGGAGAAUUAUGGUAGGACUACCAUCUGUGGAGAACAGGGAAAAGAUAUUGAGGACUCUUUUGUCAAAAGAAAAGGUGGACAAUGAACUUGAUUUUAAGGAACUCGCAACUAUGACAGAAGGAUAUACUGGAAGUGAUCUAAAGAACUUGUGCACAACUGCUGCUUAUCGACCUGUUAGAGAGCUAAUUCAGCAAGAGAGACUAAAGAAUCUGGAUAAAAAGCAGAAAGCUGCCAAGGGACAGAAUAAAGAUGAUGCUCUGGAUGCAGAAAAGGAAGUUAAACAGGAAAGAGUUAUCACCCUUAGGCCAUUGAAUAUGCAGGAUUUCAAAGAGGCCAAGAGUCAGGUUGCUGCAAGUUUUUCAGCUGAGGGAGCUGGAAUGAGCGAGUUGAAGCAGUGGAACGAGUUGUAUGGAGAAGGGGGUUCAAGGAAGCAACAGCAAUUGUCUUACUUCCUAUAA